UUCACACUGCUUCAGCGUGUACCAAAAUUGCAUUAUUUUGCUUUUCAUGGAGUGGUGCUUCAGCAAAGGACCUCAGCAAUCCGUGCCCCCUGAGCGUGCAAGGCUCGCGUCAUUUUUGCAUUGCCGCCGGUCUCUGCGGCCAGCUCCUCAGCCAGUCAGCCAUCCGUGGCCGCUCCUCUCCUCUCUCUCCUCCAGCUUUUGUGCUCCUCGCUGCUGCCGAACAGCCGGAAGCAAUGGCCGGCGCAAGUCUUUAUGGUCACAGGAUUCAGACGCAUUCAAUGACCUGAUCCGUGGUACACUGCUGUACAUCACCUCCUGCCCGGCUGCCUUUCUCUCUCUGGACCUCUCUCUCUCUCAUUGAUUCCCAACAGGCCAACACCACAGCCACAAGGAACCCCUGCCCAUGUGAACAGUGAGCAUGCUGGUGCAGUGGUGCUGCAGCAUCCUCCGCCCGAUAUAAGCCGGGCACCCUAGCUACUGUUGCCGACCUCAUUCAGAGUGGCUAGCUGGAGCUAGGCGACGUUCAGUCAAGCCUGAGCUCUCAUGGAACUCCAGCUUUACUCCUCAUCCCUGCUGCUUCUCCUCCUGCUAUCCUCUCACGGCCUGCACGCUACCGAAGGUAGAGCGCUGCGUUUCCAGCCCAAGGAUCCACCGAAGGCCGGCGAGGGCGCAGCGACGAUGGCGGAGUCGCUAAUCGGGUCGAGGCCGCCGCGGUGCGAGGGCAAGUGCGCGCCGUGCGGGCGCUGCGAGGCGGUGCAGGUGCCGGUCGCGCCGCGGGUCGACGGCGGCAGGGGCGAGGCCGAGCCCGGCCGCGCCCGCCUGUUCAGCAGGGCCGCCGCCGCCGGUGGCGACAGGGUCCAGGAGAGCUACACCGACUACAAGCCCCUCAACUGGAAGUGCCGGUGCGCGGACCGGCGAGCCCUGGAUCCGUGAUCCGGCUGUGACCUGGCCUCUACCUGCUGAUGCCGAGCCCAUGAUAUAGUUACUAGUUUUCAGUUGCUGGAUGAUCCAUGAUCACAUACACUUGUUCUCAUCGCUAACUAGGUUUUGGUAAGCCA